AUGGACUCGGCACGAGAGAAAAAUGAAUAUUUGGGACAGGGGACUUUUGUACAAACAGGAAUCGUUGAGGCAGUUGAUGAUGGCAAAAACAGGUCAGAAGUAAGCGCCAAUUGGAGAACUCGAGAUGCGGCAUUGGUAGCUUCUGGCCAUCAGCAGACUGUCUCUUGGAGUCGGCCCCUGUGUGUGCCAACCAAAUGUGGUCCUUGGAUUUCAACAUCAUCACUGCGCUGA